AUGACUUCCCUGGACUCCCAGCUCUGCAGGGCAGCAUUCCUGGCAGUCAUCCUGCUGUUGCUGUGGGUGAAGGGAGUGACAUCUCAGAAGGGCAGCCCAGGCUCUGAUGACAAGAGCCAGAAAGAGAAAAUGCCCUUUUCAGGCCAAGACCAAGAGCACUUCGAAGAGCACUUUGUGGCCUCCUCGGUGGGUGAGCUGUGGCAAGUGAUUAACAUGGCCCAACAAGAGGAAGACACGAUCUCCGAGACAGCAGCUCUCCGAGACCACCUUUUUAAUCUAGUCUUCUGCUUUAACCUGGCCAGCCUAAUGGUUUUUUUAUGA